AGGCCGCCAGGGCAGCUGCUCCCCCCGCCAUGGGUGACGCGUCCCGGCGGGCGGAGUCGGGCACUCAGCUACUCGCACGACUUGAGGGCAGAAGUUCUCUGAAGAAUCUUGAACCUUACCUGUUUGCUGAGGAAGGAUCUCCUGUUCAUGGAGAUGUCAUUGAAUUCCAUGGUGCAGAAGGAACGGGAAAAACAGAAAUGCUUUAUCACCUAAUAGCCCGCUGCAUCAUUCCAAAAUCAGGAGGAGGACUGCAAGUGGAAGUCAUGUUCAUUGACACUGAUUCCCACUUCGAUUUGCUGCGUCUGGUUACCAUUCUGGAGCACAGGCUGGCACAGGGGGCAGAGGAGGUGAUAAAGCAGUGCCUGGCAAGGCUUUUUCUGGUGAACUGCAAUAGUAGCACCCAGCUCCUCCUCACACUCUACUCUUUAGAAAACAUGUUUUGCUCUCGCCCCUCCCUCUGCCUUUUGAUUUUAGAUAGCAUAUCAGCUUUUUAUUGGAUAGACAGAAGCAAUGGAGGGGAGAGUCUUACCUUGCAGGAGCUGAAUCUGAAGAAAUGUGCUCACUUGCUUGAGAAGCUCGUGCGAGAGCAUCACUUAGCCCUCUUUGCAACAACACAGACACUUAUGCAGAAAUCUACCAAUGCCACAGAAAGCUUUUAUCCUUCAAAACUUCAGCAUGAAACUGAUACUGACUAUAGACCUUAUCUUUGUAAAUCAUGGCAACAAAUGGUAACCCACAGGAUAUUUUUCUCUAAGCAAUGCACUUCUGGCAACAGCAAAGGUUUUACAGUCGUUUCUUGCCACCUCAAAAGAAACCAUGUAGUGAAACGUUCAUUUAGUAUUGCAGAAUGUGGAGUUCAGUUUUAACUUCAGUUUGUUUUUUAAAUGUGUAGCAAAUCCUAGUACUUAAGGCCUGAUUAGGUCUAAGUAGUUUUUAGUACCUUUUAAACUAGUUGGUUGUUGCUGCCUGAUUAAGAAUUUUCGUCACUAUUUUCUUAACAUUUAGUAAAGAGGAAAUGGUGAAAUUUUUUAAUUACUGCAGAGAUUCAGUCCAAACUAGUGAGGAACGCUGAAAUAACCUGUUUGUGCUUAAUACAUAGAUUAAAUCAAGAAAAUUAUAUCCAAAUACAUUUUAAACUCUUGGUAUCCUUCAGUACUCUAACCUAUGUGAUAUGUGGCCCAAUACACGGAUUCAUUUCUGGGUCUUACUGCUUUCCACUCCUCUUCCAAGCUACAGAAAUGGGAGCCUAGAUAUCUGUGGGGGACACUGCAAAAAGACAAGUGUUUGCUCUUCAUAUAUAUUGGUCUUGGUUUAUUCCCAGCAGCAUGGGGCAUAUGAAGUGCAUUCACAACUGCCUGAAGGAGAGGAUUCAUUUUUCACAGCCUGUUAAAUAGUGGUGAUCCUGGCCAUGCUUCUCCAACCUCCCAGCCUCUCUGUUCACGUUAGCACGUGCUUGCAGAAGCAAGGACUGCAGGUGUUUUGACCCUUCCAAACGUCUGGGUUUGCAGAACCUACAGUUAGCUCAGAAAUGGAGGCCUGAUUUCCAUAACUGAAGGAAAACUAAAGACCCAGCUCUGGGUACCUGUGAGCUUGUGCUGCACACAGCAAAGAGUUCAGUCUUGGAAAAUAAUGAAGUGUGGGUUAUGGGUUGUUCUGGGUAUGGUGUUGGGGUUUUUUUGUCUUUUUUUAAAUUAUUUUUUAGACGGAUGUACAGACGCCAUUCUUUUUUCUCUGCCCUCCCUCAUUAUUCCUUCCCACUUCUUUCUCUUCCUCCACUCAGAUCUCUAAGAAAUCCAGGAAUGCCAUGCCUCUGGCCGUUGCCAAUGUGUAUUUGCCACAUGUAGAACAUUUGUGUGCAGGAUUUGGCAUGCAACGUGUUGCAAUUCUGGCAAAAAAAAAUCAGAACUUAUGGGAAAUGCCCUACAGUUCUGGCAAAGAAUACCAUAUUAUUUAUUAACCUAAAGUACCCUUUGAAAGCUUCAAAGUGCCUUACAAGAAAGAAAAUUGCACACAGUACAUUAUUUAAUACAAAAACUUACAUUAGCUUACAAAUGUAAAUUACUCAAGCAAGGGGAAAAUAUUUCUCACAGCAAUAUUCGUUCAGUCAUGUUGCACAGCAUGUUUUAUAGUUGAGAUUUAACAGAUUAUUAACAAAAAUGCAUAUUAAGAAGUAGUAUCUAGCACAGUAUCUUUUUGAGGAAGAUGCCUAAAAAAUUCCUCUUGCAAUACACUUACCUUUAAUUUCCUGAUUUAUGAAGCUGGCUUUUUCAGGCUGAAUAUAUCUGGAUCCCCAGCUGUGUGUAGCUCAGUGUGCUUUUCCAGAUUUCUGUAUAUGGAGCUAGGAGUGUGUAUUUAUACUGUUGUUUAUAGAAUUGGGCAUCUGUGUGAUUUGGCUGAAUUUUUGCAAAGAUGAGGAGUGUCCCUACCUCUAAGAGCAGCCGCUACCACAGCUUUUGGGAGGAGCUGUGAGCUUUUGGGAGGAGGGUGAGAAAUGCCAGUUCCCACUGGCACAGCCUCCCACAGCACAGGGCUUGGGUUGCUCCUGACCAGAGCCUGCAGUGAGACCAGGGUUUGAUGGCUGUGGAUCAGACCUGUGCUCCAGUCAUUCAGCCAAUCCAUAUUUAACUUACCCUCUUGGGUUCCACUAGGUCUUUGCACAGUCAGUUCAGUUUGGUUAUUCUUUCUGGAAAGGAAAAGCUUCCUCUUUCCCCCCCCUCUCAUUUUAAACCUGCCAACUGAUCACACUGUCAGUUCUGUUCUUGUGAGUCAUGACCAAACUUUGCCUUUCCAAUAUCUCUGCAAAGGUGGUGCUUCUAUAGACUGUCCUUUCAUUUGUGCUUUCUCUUCCUUCAACACCAGCAUUUAUUUUGUUUCAGAACUUGCCUAAGUACCCAAAUACAUGAAAAACAUACAGCUUAACCAUUCAGCCUAGACUGGACCCAGGUUAGAUGGUUUAUCAUGAGUAGACACUUCCACUGGGAAUUAUGGAGGACAUACAUGCUUUUUAUUUUAUUUUGUAAAAAACUGGGAAGAUUCAAGCAGAACUAAGAAAACAUAAAUGUGAAAAUUAUAGGACUACAUAAUUUCUAGUGCUAAAAAAAAUGAAAACAGUCAUCUUUUCUAUGAGAGAAUACAGCUCCACUGAAGAUUAACUGCUUCAGAAAAUCAUACUUGCUAGAAAAUAUGUUUGAGAAAAAACAAUGGAAAUGUUCUGGCAUUCCCAUCUGGAAAAAAAAGCUUUUGUACUGUUCACAAUGAAGUCUAUAUUUUGCAUUGUACUAUAAAGUAAAUGCCUAAACUGAAAGGAAGCCAGGGUUCUAAUUGAUCAAAAAGAGCACCUCAGGAAAUUUUGAAAUUUCUGUUUUAUUUUUACUUUGAAUACAGACAGAUUUAUUUAAAAAAAAAAAAAAAAACCACACCUUUGGUAAUUGUAAUAUUCAUGCUCUUCAGAUUUCUUUUGGAUAUAUAGGGAGCCUGGCUGUCAGGAAUGCUGGGCAUCUGCAAAUCCCUGUGAGCUUGCAGGAGGGAUAGACAGUGCAAUCUGGGAGGGCACUGAUCUUCUUCUCUGCAAGAAUUAUGCCAUUUGGAAAAAUGAACCUCGAGGAUACAAGUCUUAAGAUGAAAAUCUGGGAAGCAGCACUUUAGUUUGUACCAUAAUUAACUGUGGGUAUUAAAAAUGGGGUUUACAAUUAUUUUGUUUAAUGGAGAACUUUCCCUAAUAAGACUAAGUGGAAAUCGUAGGUAGUGAGGAACGCCAGGAACAGUCUAUUGAACCUGGCAUUGCACUUAGUAUAUAAUAUUAAAUCCAGAUCCUCCUCUUUUACCACCCAGUCUCCAGCCCACUCUCUAACCUGGAGUGACCUGUGCUGCUGCUGCUCAGCCUCCCGGGGAGGGAGCACACUUCGGGUUGGUAGGUCUCUGCCACUGGAAAUCAGCCCUGCAAAAGAUAAGUACCACUGCUUAUCAUCAAGCAGUGAGAGAAUGCAAAUAUUCCUAAACUCUUAAUUUAUCCAGUUUUUUUUAGAGAUGAAAAUCCUUUCAUGUCCAUGUCCUUAUUCCUCAGCCCAGUGUUGCAUUUCUAAGGCUUUGUAGGCACAGGAACUUUUCCUAUGAGUUUUUGUUUGUUGCUUCAUAAUGCAACAUUGAAUUAAAGCAGCAAGAUUGAAAUAAAGAGGAACUAGUUCACCCUUUUCCCCCUAUCCUUUCUGUAAUGAGAGAGCUUUUUAGCAAAAUCAAAUUAAGGCAUUCUGCAGGUUUUGUAUUUAUUCUUAAAUAAACCAGUAUUUCUAUGGACACCUGGAAAGAAAAUGUCAUUUUUAUAUUCAGCAAAAAAGUUCUUUGUAUUCCUAGACUAUUUUUGUCAAGCAAAUAAAAUACAAAUAACAAUUU